AUGGCCAAGUGGAAGGGCCAAGUCCACGGCUACGGCGGCGGGAGAGACCAACUAAGUGACGAUUCUGCAACGAUGCAACUCUCCCUCGUGGAUGCCAGGUCGAUGCCCAUCCCGGUCAACGACUCCUUGCAAGAUUUCAUCAUGUAUAUCCCCAGGGCGAAGGAGACUGUGCAGGAACCAGAGCUUGUUGACCCGCAGAUUUCCCCCAGACUCGGGCUGAGCGUACACACCGUCGACGUUCCGGCACCGCGAGUGGGCGUGACGAUCCUCGUCAGCCCGGAGAACGACACGGGCGUGGAGGAUUGGGUGCUGGUCUGGUCGGCCUCGAGGCUCAAUGACACGCCCGAGUUCAUGGAGAAUCUCGUUAGUCUCAGCGAUCUGACUUAUCAUGAAGAAACUGGCUUUUUCGAGCUAUUCCUGGACUCCGAUGUAGUUGGUGACGUCACAGGCGCGUAUUCUGUGGGACUCGGAAAGCUUAAUUAUACCAUACCUGAGCCCGAGGAGCACCCCUGCUUCGAGGACCCUCCCAACAACACGGUUCUCCGGAGCUUCGCCGUUGACUUCGAUACCAACUAUUACUUCAGUGCCUUCACCUCCUCUUGCCUCUUCUUCAACAAGGAUCGCCUCACCUGGAGCAGCGACGGGUGCAAGGUAAUCGGCGCUAACGUGUCCGUAACCGUGUGUUCGUGCAACCACCUGACUUCGUUCGCAUCCGGGUUCUUUGUCGCUCCGAACGCCAUCGACUUCGCCUACGUCUUCGCGAACGCAGGUUUUGCGGAGAACCUGACCAUUUACCUCACGCUCAUUAUUUCACUCUCGCUCUACCUCAUCGGGCUGGUGUAUGCGCGCAUUAUGGACAAGAAGGACGUAGAGAAAGUGGGCGCGACCCCCCUGGCCGACAACUCGCCGACGGAUCGCUAUUUGUACGACAUCAUGGUCCACACCGGCGCCUUCCCGAGUUCAGGCACGGAGUCCAAGGUUCAGUUCCUGCUGGUGGGCGACUGGAACGAGACGGAGGUCCGGGCGCUGAACGAGGGCACCGAAAGACCUCUGCUCACUAGGGGCGCCUCCGACCACUUCGUCAUGGCCACCGACAGGCCGCUGGGACCCUUACAGUACCUGCGAAUCUGGCACGACAACUCGGGUAAAGGAAAAAAAGCAUCUUGGUAUUUCGCGUACAUGGUGGUCAAGGACAUACAAACUGGAGAGGAAUUUCAGUUUAUUAAUAAUCAGUGGUUGGCGGUGGAGGAGGGUGACGGGCAGAUCGACCGCUUGAUCCCCGUGGCGGGCGAACAGCAACUGCGCGACUACACCCACGUAUUCAGCAAGACGGUCGAGAAGAACAUGUCAGACGAUCACCUGUGGUUCAGCGUGUUCCUCAAGCCGGCCAGGUCGAGGUUCACGCGCGUGCAGCGGCUGUCGGCGUGCAUGGCGCUGCUCUACCUGUCUAUGCUGGCGAACGCGAUGUUUUAUCAGCAGGUCCCCGACUCCCCAGCCUCGGGCGGUCUCAACCUCGGCCCCUUCAGCGUGUCUCCUGAAGCCAUGGGCGUGGGUUUCAUGAGCAACCUGGUGGUGUUCCCGCCCUCGUUCCUCAUCGUCUUCUUCUUCCGCAAGUCACGCCCUCGGAAGGCCAAGCGGUCGAGGCUGAAGGAGGCGCUGGCGAGGCAGAACCCGGGUGUUUAUGGUGAGUUCGUUACGUGUGUGUGUUUUUUUUUUUUUAGUUUUUAUGACUUUGUUUUUAUUUGUUUUUCAUUUAUUAUUAGAGAGAGAGAGAGAGAGAGAGAGAGAGAGAGAGAGAGAAUGAGAAAGGGGCGCCGACGGGGCAGGAAGCUCACCCUGCCGUGGUGGUGCGUGAUCAUCGCGUGGGUGCUCUGCGUCAUCAGCAUCGCCACGGCCGUGUUCUUCCUGUGGGCGUACGGGAUCCAGUUCGGCAACGAGAAGGCGACGAAGUGGCUGACGGCGCUCAUCACCUCGAUCUUCUCGUCGGCUCUCUUCACGCAGCCCGUCAAGAUCUACCUGAUGGCGAUGCUCCUGUCGUGGAUCCUGAAGCGGCCGAUCGACGAGCACGAGGACUACGACGAUGACGAGGAGGAGGUCGACCUCGGGAGCGACGAGAAGUACCUCCACCGCCCGCCCUCCGCCGGGAGUGAGUGCCGCCCUCCGCGCGCCCACGCUCACGGACGUGCACACACGCGGAGAUGCAUGUACACAGGGGCACGUACAGAGACGCACGCUCACGGACAUAGACACGUGUGGAGAUACAUGUAUACACUGGCACGUACAGAGACGCACGCACAUGGACAUGCACACGUGCGAAGAUGUUUGCAUUCACGUGCACGUACAGAGACGCACGCUGACGGACAUAGACACGUGUAUACACGGGCACUUACAGAGAAUCACGUACAUGAACGUGGACAUGCGCGGAGAUACAUGGGAACGGACAGAGACGCACGUUCACGGACAUGUACACGCGCGGAGAUACAUACAUACACAGGACCCCGCACCCGCUCGCAGAUCCAGGUGGGGCCCGGGUUGAGUCCCGAGGAGCUGGCGGCGGCGAGGGAACGCAGAGAGAAGGAGCUAGCCAUGCAGGACCUUCUGCUGGAGAUCCUCGUCUAUCUCAUCUUCCUGUACUUGAUCCUGUCCGUGAGCUACGGCGCCAGGGAUCCCCACGUCUACUACAUGAGAAGUAAUGUGGAGAAUAUCUUCGUUAAGAGUUUGUCGCCAACGUGCCCGGCUUUCGAGGAGGUAAUCCGAAUCGUCACCCGGCCACGCACGAGAACCAAAGAAGACGACCGUGACUUUGGCUUCGGCUGGAACGAGACCGCGCCCACGGAAUCGCACUUCGAUUACAAGUCCGCGUUCAAGAUCCACGGAUUUCCUUACGAGGGAACGAUGGAUACGUAUGGCGGGGGAGGGUACUUGGUCGAGCUAAAGGGGCCUAUGAGCCAAGCGGAGAGGACUGUGGACGAGAUGGAGGCUGAAGGCUGGAUAGAUAAACACACGAAGGCCAUUUUCACGGAAUUUGCUGUGUACAAUCCCCAGGUGAGAGUUUCUGAAUGUUAUUUUUGCGUUAAUUUUGGGUUGAUGUUGUUUUUUUUUUUAUGGUGGAGGUGUUAUUUCGUUUAUUUUUUCCAUUUUUUCGCGAGAAUACUUUUUUUUGUAUGUUUUUUUCCCUUGCUUUUUUUUUCUCUCUUUUUUUCUUUCGUUCUCUGUGUGAACCUCUUCGCCGCCGUCAUGUUCAUCUUCGAGUUCCUCCCCAGCGGCGGCCUGAUCCCCAGGUUCGAGUUCCAGGGCCUGACGCUCCUCCGCUACCACAGUCCCGGCGGCUUCUACGUGCUGGUGUCCGAGAUCGGCUACCUCCUCUUCACGAUCUUCUACACCAGGAGGGAGUACAAGGCCUACAAGAAGGCGGGGCGGGAGUACUUCAAGUCGGUGUGGACCUUCAUGGAGAUCUGCGUCCUGCUGCUGUCCUACUCCGCCAUCGUCUUCUACCUCCUGAAGACGUCCCUCACCUACUACACGCUGGACAAGUUCAUCGCGACGAAGGGCAAGAAGUACGUGCGCAUCCAGCCGCUCGCCUUUCUGGACUCGACGCUCGUUUACAUCACCUCCUUCCAGGUGUUUAUAGGCAACAUUAAGCUUCUGAAACUCUUGAAAUUCAACAAGAGGAUCGGAAUGCUCUCGUCGACGCUGAGGUACGCCGCGCCGGACGUCCUCGGCUUCGGCUUGCUGUUCAUCAUCACCCUCGCGGGCUUCGUGUCCGUGUUCUUCCUGAACGCCCACACCACCGUCAUGGAGUUCUCGACGUUCGUGAAGGCGGCCGAGUCCAGCUUCUUCGUCAUCAACAAGAAGUUCGACGACAUCGCCGACGCGGCGCCCAUCCUCGGCCCCGUCUUCUACUUCGUGUUCGCCUUCAUCCUGUACUGGGUGGUGUUCCAGCUGCUGAUCGCCAUCAUCUGCGAGGCGUUCGCGCAGGUCAGCAAGGACCUCAACCUGCAGGCCAACGAAUACGAGGUCAUCGAGUACAUGAUGACCCGCCUGGCCGCCUACCUCUCGGCGCUGCGCCCCAACGCCGUCCGCGCCGCCAACAUCCCGCCGCCAAAGCCUCCCGACGUGGACUCCCUCCUCAGGCACCUCGACCACUCCCUCGACCGCGCGCUGGAGGCCCUGGACCAGGCCAUGCCCAGGGCGCUGCCGGAGGAGGCGGAGGGGCAAAGGGGAGAGAAGAAGAUGGCGGCCGGUAACAGUAAACGGGGGAGGAGGAAGAAACAGCGAUGAGGGAGGAUUAGAAAAGGAAAAAAUUUUGAAGGGAAAACUUAAUUCGUUUUUUCACAAGUAAUUAGAGAGUUAGAUAGAAUUGUAUAUAUAUUUCCCCCAAAUAUUGUAGAAUUAAGUAGUACUUCCGAAGUUAGAUAAAAAGAAUAUAUAUAGAUUUUUUUCCCCAAAUUUCGCAGACUAGCAGAAAUAUAUUAAUUAUUACUACACUUACUCUAUUUCCAUUGAUAAUCUGCCUUGACGUACAAAUAACAUAGAUGUAUUAUGUAAAUGAAACUAUAACUCUAGAAAAAAAAUACUUAUUCUUAUAUUCUUAAAAAGAUAUUAAUUGUAUUUUGUCUCUGAUGGUGCUCCAUAUUCUUGCUCAAUUUCUUUCCUCUCAUACGUUAACAUAUCUAUCUAUCUAUCUAUCUAUCUAUCUAUCUAUCUAUCUAUCCAUCUAUCUAUCUGUCUAUCUAUCUACCUAUCUAAUCUAUCUG